AUGUUCCUGCAUGGGCUGGCUGACCGCGUUCAGAAGGAGAUAUACAUCUUGGACCUUCCUAAAUCUCUCAAUGAACUGGUGGAGCUGGCGAUGAGGGUCGAUUCACGCCUUAACCGUGUGACUCAGCGGGUUCGCUCCAGUCGUUUCCAGCCUUAUCCGGAGGAUGCACGGACCAGUGACGGGAACGCGGUCAGCCCAGUUUCCGACCAGGAGCCCAUGCAGAGCAAGCCCGAUAGUAAGCAUGAGGCUACUAUCGGGUGGGAUCUCCGCCGAGAAGUCCUCAUCUACAUCAUCGACCCUCCUCCCGGUAAGACUGAGAUGGGCAACCUCCACACACACCACUCAAGCAUUACUGGACUCGGGAGCAGAGGUUCUGUGUUUCAGAGGGAGGCAGUGGAUUUGUCUAACGUGCCCGCAGAGUACCUCGACCUGAAGGAGGUGUUCAGGUACAUCAUCUCUUCUGAGGGAAUGCGCAUGGAUCCUGACAAAGUUAAGGCGGUGAUGGAUUGGCCAAGUCCAGAUUCCCCAUCAGCAUCAGCAGCUCUAUCAUCAGCAUCAGCAGCUCUAUCAUCAGCAUCAGCAGCUCUAUCACCAGUAUCAGCAGCUCUAUCACCAGCAUCAGCAGCUCUAUCAUCAAAAAGAUUACGUGUCCGGCAGCAAGUAAGGGUGACUUGCACACACUGUGGCAUUAAAAUAAAUAGAAGAAACUUGCUGGUUCAUAUGAACCGAAGACACAGGCAAAGGGUAGAAGAUAUUACAGCAAAGCGGCACCUAUCAUGCCAAUGCAUUGAUCCCAAAAAUGGCAUCUUUGCUGUUGAUAAGUCGUUUUUUAAACCAUGCUCUCCUAUACACGUUAAAAAAAAAACAUGGGGUGCAAGCCAGAAAAUAACCUGCGAAUUGGACGAAUGCAAUGCAAAUGCUGAAUUUGCAGUGAGGAGUGGAAUUCUACCUUAUGAGUGCAAUCAUCUCAAGUCAUUGCUCUUCUGUCCCCGCUCAGAAACUGCACCCAUCAUUUUAGAUGAGGAGACAUUGACAGAUAUGGUUUCUUGUAGGUUUUUUGGGGAUGCAAGGAAGCAGAGUUGCUUAAACCAGCAAAAGGCAUCUACUGAUGCAGGUGUUCCACUUUCUGUUGAGGUGACUGUUGGAGGGCCUCCAUCCAAAAAGUUAAUUUCAAUAUAUGAGCCAAAAGUGUCAUACUACAGCAGACUGGGCAGGGUAAUAGCUGCAUAUGAUUCAAAAAAGAAGUCUUGGCACUGUCCAUGUGCCAAACCAAGACAGUCAUGUCUUCAUAAAUCAAUUGCAAAAUGGCAUCUUUUUAGUACUGACCGACAUCUGUUCAUGACUGCCGAGAGUGAUAUAAGGCCAGAUGCAGUUGUGAAUAAUCAAGAGACUGAUUCUGUAUGCGAAGCAACGCCAGGUGGAGAUGGGGGACAAGCAUAUCCUCCUGAUGAUGCAGGCCUUCAAAGGAUGGUUCACUAUUUAAUGCAAAAAAAAGGUCUUCCUGCCCAACUACCCCAACAUUUGGUCACUGGUUCCAAAUCUUUGCAAGAUCUUCCAAGUCAGUUGAUACCAAAAGAAACAUCAUGCGUGGAGUGUGCCGGGCAACUUACUGAGCCAAUGCUCAUAACAGCACAUGCCAAACUUGUCACAUAUACUGGUGUUGUAGAAGGCUUUUCUACAUACUGCAGGGCAUGUCCUGACUGUGGGCUGAUGUACAGAUAUCAAGAAUGGAGUGAUGGAAUUCACAAUUUCAAUGACCAUAUGCUCAUUACCCUUCAUUUGUGUAUUGUACUACGGACAUCAAUUCAGACUCACCAUUCUGUAAGCCGAGCAAUUGAAGUGCUUGAGCAAACAGAAAAUAAGACCUUCCCUAAAAAAGCCACAAUACUCCACGCCUACAUGCACUUUGAAGCCAUGACCUCACACAACUAUUUAUUUUCUUGUUACAAAUGUGGAUACUAUCCACCAGUGGUGGUCAUGGACCUUCACAGAAAGGGUGUAUUCAAUAUGCCUGUAAGUGAAAUGGAGGCUCCACCAGCACACUUUGAUGGCACUGUCGAUACCAAACAAUUUUGGGACUCUGUGAUGUCUGAAAUCAUUUGCAGUGGAUUACUUGCUUGUGGCCGAAAGAACCCGUUUGUGGUUGCUCCAAGUUAUACCAACUGGGCUCCUUGGAUUGGACCAAAAACUAGAAGGGAUGACACCGUUUUUAACACAGAACAUGAAAAGUUUCAUGCACCAAGACAGGCUACUGAAAUGGCAGAUCACCAAAUGACAGAGGAGAGGCUUCAAGAUGCACUAAUUAAUCUCAAGGUGGACAUGGUUCGAAAUCUGUGCAAACAAUGUGGCCUGGACUCAAAAGGCUCAAAAAUGGACCUCAUCCUAAGACUGCGGGAUGAAAUGAAGAACAGGUCAUCUUACGACAAGAUCUUUGAGAAGGUCUGGGGAGCUUCAGGUGGUUGGGCAGUUGUUAUGUGCCCCUGUGCAGUGGUAUACUCAAUCAAAUUUAAUUUAAGAGCAGAGAGUCCCAGAGACUAUGCUGACAUUUUGCUUAGCUGGAAGCACUUCCCAAACAUUGCCAUAUAUGACUUUGCAAGGGGACUGGCAACACACACCAACUUGAGGGAGCCUGAAAUAUUGCCAUUUAGACCACAUGAGGGGCGGCUGGCUGAAGCAACCACAGACAAUCUGCAGCUGGCUGGUGAGGGAAAGCUAAAGGUCAGUUUACCAUGGCUCAAAACAAAGAAUACAGAUACAGACGCAAACUGCCACCCAAUCACUGGGACAUCUGAUCACUACACCCUUUAUGACGUUUUCCAUGAGAGGAAUACAAAGGAUGCUAGAGACGCCCUUCGAAGGAUUGGACUUGUCCCAGAACUGGCUGGCUGGGUUAACAGCCAGUGUGCUGAGCAAUUGUUUUCAGACAUGAGGAAGAACAAUUAUUUUUUGAAUACCCUCACACCCUCUGAGCACAUCUUCAUGAUGCGGAACAUACUGCACCACCACAACACAAAAUGCAAUGACAAAACUAAAGCUAGUAUCCAGAAAGUAGUGGGCAAAGAUGUUCAGCUGCAGUUGGAUCACAACGGUCAGAUAAUAAUGGGCACAGCUGCACAGAUACCAACUGAAGCAGAGGAAACAAUACAAUCCAACUGUCCUAGCCCAUCUGACCUAGUUCAAGGUGUAGCAACAAGCCAGACAGAUGAACAAGCAGGCAGGAGGAUAUUGGAUGUUGACUAUUUACCAGCACAAGAGAAUGUGGUAAUGUGUUCUUAUUGCACUGGCUUAUGUCUUGGAUGGAGCCAAAGAUCCAAAUGAGGAAGUACUUCAGCUCAGCCCAACUCAAACAUUAAAAAGAAGCGA